AUGGUCCUGCCGUCGUUCAACGACCCCUCGCGCAUCGAUGCCGAUGGUGAAGCGGGAGGCCCAUCGCCCACAGCGCCCUUGGACCGCUUCCUCGACAGCCAGCCUGCAACUUUCUACGAGGCAAUAUACCAGCUGCUGCCUCCCGUGUGCAGACAGAUCAUCUUGCACGUACUGUGGUCGCACCAGACAUUGAAGAGCUCGGAGCUGAAGGCCUUUUGCGGGAUGGACGAGCGUCUUCCUCCCGAAGCAGCCGAGGAGAUCCUGCGUCCGGCCCUCGCGCGGCACAUAUUCCACCCGCUCUCGCAGAAGGGUACGAAGGCGCCCAAGUUCCACUGGCCACUGAGGGAUACGUUCAAGCGCGGCAUGAGGAAUGUUCUUACCGGACAGGGGACGUCUAACUCAUUUGGCGUACCGUUUGAGGGUGGGGGCCAGGCGCCCAGCCAGGAAGACUUGAUUGGUCAUGGCGAGGACUCCUGGGAGGCCAUUCUCAAGUACAUGGUGUCCUCAGGAAAGAGUCGACGAAGGCCGCAGAACGCAGUGUUGGACCUGCUGUGCAACGCAGGACUUCUGAGGGAUAAACGCCCCACCGCUCACCGCUCGUAUGAGACUCUCGAUAUCACAGCCGAGGGUUUCUCGUUCUUGCUCGAGGACCGACAAACACAGCUGUGGCAGAUCCUUGUGGCCUACAUUGUCGGCAAACAGGCUCGCGGCGAGAAUGCAGCGGACGUAUUGACCGUCUUCUUCUCGCUUGGGUGCAUGCAACUUGGGCAAUGUUACUCUGCCUCCAAGAGCUUCCCUCGCAGCCAGGAUAUCCUCGAAGACCUAGAGCAGUACGGGUUUAUUUACCGCUCUCCACAUUCGCCAGAUCAGUUCUUCCCAACUCACCUGGCGACUUCGCUGUGCUCGGGUGAUCUGUCCGAGUCGCGUUCCCGGAGCGCUGAUGACAAGCGCUUCCUGAUCUUGGAGACAAACUACAAGAUUUAUGCCUACACUUCCAACGAGUUGGAGAUAGAGAUCCUCAACCUCUUUGUCGACAUCAAAAUCCGAUACCCCAACCUUGUUGUCGGCAAGCUUGACCGGCAGAAUGUCAAGCAGGCCAUGGACAAGGGCAUCUCCGCCUCGCAGAUCAUCUCAUACCUCACGAGUCACGCACAUCCGCAAAUGUUCAACCACCCACCGCCAUUACUCCACGCGUCGAUCACAGACCAGUUGCACUUGUGGGAUCGCGAGCGCAACCGACUCGACGACAAAGAGUCGGUCAUGUUUGAGUUCUUCUCAAAAGAGCUGUUCGACGAGGCGCGCGACGAGGCGACGCGUAUGGGCGUCGUGCUUCUGGCGCUACCGAAGGAGAAGCUUCUGUUCGUGGAUCCUGACUCACGCGAAGCCAUGAAGGACUUUAUCAAGGAGAAGCAAGAGCAGCUGCGGAGCGGCUACUAG